GCCAGCAAUAAACCAGCGCUCCCCAAACCGCAACCAUGGCCGGUCCCAGCAAGUCUUUGAUCCUUGAUCCGGCCCUCCAGAAAUACUACGAACUCAACGCCAACCGCUACAAGUACUUCCGGUGGACGCCGCGCCAUGCCUGGUUCUCGUUCCUCUACAUGGCGCUGAUUCCUGGUGCGCUGGGAUAUGUCGCUUAUAAGACUGAUGGUCUGUACCAGCUGCGUGGAAAGCGCAGGGGCGAUACGAUUGUCGAGUGGUAGAUCGAUACGAUCCUCUUCAAGUGUGGUUCGGCGGGAGAAAAGCGCGAUGUG